AUGAGUGAGGCUGGUUCGAGCUGCGUAAGCGACGACAGAUCCCUAGAGAAUGUUAGAAGCUGGUUAAAUAAAACGAACCUGGAAACUGGAAAAGUAGAUCAGGUAGCCCAAGAGGAAAAUAGAUCCGCAACAGAGCCCCGCUGGCAUUUAGAUGGAUACGCUCCCAGCGCUAGUAAUUCGCAUUCACAAUGUGAAGACGAACACGGCAAAACUCGAUCUCCAACGACCGAUCUACAGCUGGACUUGCCUUCACGAGCACAGUUAGCAGCGCGACAAUCGGUUCCGAAAGAAUUGCCUCAAUUCUAUGGUAAUCCAGACGACUGGCCACUAUUCUUCGCUACGUACACUCACACAACUCUGCUCUGUGGAUAUUCGAACGAUGAAAAUGUGUUUCGACUCUCUAAAUGUUUAAAAGGCAGAGCCCUUGAAGCUGUGAAAGGCCAACUCAUACAUCCUAAUAACGUCCCUGGAGUAAUCAGAACACUCAAACUGCUAUUCGGUCAGCCAGUAGCGAUUGUACAGACAAUGAUCAGUAAAAUAGCUGCAUUUCCAGCCCUUCGUUCCGAUAAGCUAGAUCAGCUGAUAGAUUUUGCAAUAGCAGUGGAGAAUGUACGGUCGACAAUAGAGGCUUGCGGACUACGAGAUUAUUUGUAUAAUGUGUCCCUUCUACAUGAGCUAAUUGAAAAGCUACCCGCGUCCAUCAAAUUGGAUUGGGCAAAGCAUCAGCAGACCUUGCCACGUACUACCCUCGCAGAGUUCUCGUCUUGGAUCUACGCCCUCGCUGAGGCCGCAAGCACCGUUACCAAAAUUGGAAUAGGAGCCGGGAAAUUUGGAAAGUCAAAUGCGUUUGUCAACACACACUCAGAACCAAAUGAAUUUGAACAGCCGAUAGAAAGCUCUUCUAUGAAACACUUUGACGCUAAUCAUGCAACGUCCAUCCAGCAUGUGACGUGCAUGGUUUGUAGAGGCGCGUGUAAAUCGGCAGCGGAUUGUAACCGUUUCUUUGAACUUACAUACGACAGUAGGUGGGCCGUAGUUAAAGAGUACGGAUAUUGUAGGAAGUGUCUAAAACGUCACACCGAGGACUGUACGACCAAAAGGCGAUGUGGGAAAAAUGGAUGUACAUAUAAACAUCACGAGCUGUUGCACAACCCUUCCAAAAACAAUGGAAGCACUGUAGUUGACAACGCCGUUCAGCCAGCCCAACCGGUUUCACACAACACUCAUCGGUCUACAUCGACAUCUGUUCUAUUUCGAAUAGUGCCCGUUACAUUGUAUGGUACCAACAAAACAAUAGACACGUACGCGCUUCUGGAUGAUGGCUCAUCCCAGACACUUUUGGAUCACGAACUUGUCGAUCAGCUUCAAUUGAAUGGGGUGCAUAACCCAUUGUGGUUACAAUGGACUGGAGGAACAUGUCGCGUAGAAAACGACUCAAUAUCGGUUAAUCUUCAAAUAUCUGAGAAAGGAAACACCAAUCGAUUGUUCAACAUAUCGGGAGCCAGAACUGUUGGCGCAUUAAACCUACCUCGUCAGUCGCUUAACGCAGCCGAAAUGAAACAGCAGUUCGAUUAUCUAAAAGAGUUGCCCCUUCCCUCAUACCAGGAUGCUCGUCCCAGAAUACUGAUUGGAGCAGAUAACGCAUUCCUUGGAAAUACUUUAAAGAGUAGGGAGAGAAAUCAUCAUGAACCAGUUGCUGUAAAAACCAGGCUCGGUUGGACCAUCUACGGCGGAUUUUCAACAAGCGGUAAUCAAAGCGAUAUAGCACACGUAAGCCUGCAUGUUUGCUCUUGUGACGAGUUGCAGCAAGCCAUGAAAAACUACUUCUCGUUAGAUAGUCUAGGUAUUUCAAAACCACACAAAAUACUGCUGUCUACUGAAGACGAACGGGCUACUUCGUUGUUACAUUCAUUGACCCGGUUUGAAGGUGGCAGUUAUGAAACUGGUUUACUCUGGAAGUAUGACAAAAUUAAGCUUCCAGACAGCCGAGCACUAGCCUACCGAAGGUUACAAUGUCUCGAAUCACGGAUGGCUAGAGACUCUAAAUUAGCCGAAGCUAUUCUGCUGAAAAUAAAUGAUUAUCAGCGAUCUGGGUAUAUACGAAAAUUAUCCGAUCAGGAACGUGAUCAUCGCCCCGACCGAGUAUGGUAUUUACCCAUAUUUCCAAUAACGAACCCGAACAAACCAGGAAAAAUACGCAUUGUUUGGGACGCAGCAGCUACCGUUCGUGGAGUUUCAUUGAACUCAGUUCUUUUGAAGGGACCAGAUCAGUUGACAUCGCUUGCAGACAUCCUGUACCAAUUUCGGCUGUACCGUAUCGCCAUCAGUGGGGACAUACGCGAAAUGUUCCAUCAAGUGCGCAUCAGGGAACAGGACCAACAUUGCCAACGAUUUCUUUGGCGAAACGGAGAUAAUAAAAGGGAACCAGAUACCUUUGUCAUGAAGGUUAUGACCUUCGGAGCUUGCUGCUCACCGAGCAGCGCUCAAUACGUCAAAAACGUUAAUGCCCAACGCUUCUCCGGUCAAUUUCCACGAGCAGUCGAUGCAAUCAUUCGCAAGCACUACGUGGAUGACCUUCUUGUGAGUGUGGAAAGCACUGAGGAAGCUAUCCAAUUGGCCAAGGAUAUCCGUCGCAUUCAUGCACAGGGCGGUUUCGAAAUUAGAAACUGGCUCUCAAAUUCAGUUCCAGUUCUUCAGGAAUUGAAGCAGCGCCCGACUGAGGAAAAAGAUCUCAAUUUCUCAGAAGAGCUUACGACGGAGAAAAUUCUCGGGUUAUGGUGGAACACCUCCACCGACCGUUUGACUUUCAAGGUAAAUUGGAGUCGGUACGACGCUUCCUUGAUGGAUGGAUCUAGGGUCCCAACCAAACGUGAACUUUUGAGCAUCUUAAUGUCUAUAUUCGACCCUAUUGGAUUGGUAGCACAUUUUUUAGCCUAUUUGAAAGUGCUACUCCAAGACGUAUGGCGCUCAGGUGUGAGCUGGGAUGAACCCAUAAAGCAAAGCGAGUUUAAAAAAUGGAACUGGUGGCGACAAGCUCUUCCCGGAGUAGAGACAGUCUCUGUGAGUCGGUGUUAUCGGCAACUUACAUCAGCUAACUCCCAGACCAAGGUGCAACUACAUACCUUCGUUGACGCCAGCGAGACAAGUUUUGCCGCUGUCGUAUACCUUCGCUUCGAAGAGAACAAUUAUGUCGAAUGUGUUCUAGUGGGGGCAAAAACACGAGUCGCUCCGCUUAAAUAUGUCUCGAUCCCUCGUCUAGAACUGCAGGCCGCAGUCAUUGGGGCGCGUUUGGCGACAAGCAUCGAGAAUGCACUUUCCAUUAAGAUUCACCAGAGAUAUUUUUGGAGUGAUUCACGAGAUGUCCUGUGUUGGCUGGCGUCUGACCAUCGCCGCUAUAGUCAAUUUGUAGCUUGUCGUGUGAGCGAGAUAUUGGAAAUUACAGAGCCAACCGACUGGAACUGGAUUCCCACCAAGGACAACGUUGCAGAUGAAGGUACGAAGUGGGAACGUCCACCAAACUUCUCAAUAUCCAGUAGAUGGUUCAGUGCCCCAUGCUUCAUAAAAGAACCAGCAGAAUUAUGGGUACAACAACGAGUAACUGUUGAAACUACAAACGAGGAACUUCGGGCAAGUGUACUCAUCCACAACGUUUUUGAGCCCGUCAUUAUAAUGGAAAAUUUCUCAAAAUGGGGCCGACUUGUUAGGUUCACUGCGUGCGUACUUCAUUUUCCCAGAAAUGCUAAGCUAAAACAGGCAGAGCUGCCCAGAAAUUCAGGACCAUACCUAAAGACAGAGCUCAUUGCCGCCGAAACAAUCCUUUUCAAGCUAACUCAGUACAGUGCGUACGCCGAUGAAAUAGAGCUAGUCAAAGAAGCUAUCCGAUCGAAAACGUUCUACCAGCUUCCUAAAGACAGUGCUUUGUACAGGUUCACCCCACAGAUUGAUGAAGACGGCCUACUACGACUACGUACCCGUAUCCAAAAAUGUGAAUACACAACCGCAGAUGCCAAGAAUCCUAUCAUCCUCCCCAGAAAUCACCACACCACACGGCUAGUAAUUCAAAGCUAUCAUGAUCGAUUCCAUCACAGGAACCAUAGCACCAUAAUCAACGAACUGAAACAAAAAUUCCACAUCCCACGUAUUAGAAUCGCCUACAAUUCCGUUCGUAGAGACUGUCAACGAUGUAAGAAUGAACGAGUCCAACCAAUUCCACCUGCUAUGGGAGAUUUGCCUACGGCCAGGCUUGCUGCAUACACGCGACCAUUCUCGUUUGUAGGAAUCGACUAUUUCGGACCUAUGUCCGUCGUAGUAGGGAAACGUGUCGAAAAGCGUUGGGGUGUAUUAAUUACGUGCUUGACUACUCGUGCCAUACAUUUGGAAAUAGCUCACAGUCUAAGCACGAAUUCCUGUAUACUCGCUAUAAAAAACUUCAUAGCGAGACGAGGAGUUCCUAUUGAAGUGCACAGUGACCGAGGAACUAACUUCCUGGGUACGGAACGCGAACUACGAGAAUCAUUAGCAGCAGUCGAUGAAAAUAUGCUUAUGAGGGAAUUUGCAAGUAGUCAAACUGAAUGGAAGUUCAUCCCUCCGGCCUCGCCCCAUAUGGGAGGAUGCUGGGAGCGACUGGUUCAAUCAGUUAAACGAAACCUGUAUGCUUUGAAACCUCAAAGACUACCAACCGACGAAGUUUUCCGUAAUAUGCUAGCCGAAAUAGAAAAUACCGUCAACUCUCGUCCACUUACCCACGUGCCUAUCGAGGAUGAUAACGCUCCAGCUCUAACGCCGAACCAUUUUAUUUUGGGUUCUUCCAAUGGUUCAAAACCAGAUACAACAUGUGAUGAUAGUGGUACCGCCCUUAGAAAAGCAUGGCAUAGUUCACAAGUACUGGCAAAUAUCUUUUGGAAAAAUUGGGUGAAGGACUACUUGCCGGAAAUAACAAGACGUAGUAAAUGGUUCUACAAUAUUAAACCCAUUCAGGUAGAUGAUGUUGUACUAAUAGCGGACCCAAAAGCUCCUAGAAACUGCUGGCCAAAAGGAAGAAUCAUCUCAGUGAACAAAAGUGCGGACGGACAAGUACGUUGGGCGACAGUACAAACAGCACACGGCGUGUACGAGAGGCCGGCAGUUAAGCUGGCCAUUCUAGAUGUUCGGUGCAAUGACUAG